UUAAUCAGUGUAUAAACGAGUGACUAGUUUUUAAUCUGUGGUAACUAGUUGGUAUAAUAUAUAGUUAUAGUUCUUAUAUAUAGUUCUUAAUCUGUAGAUGACUAGUUAAUCUGGGAUCCAAUAAUAUAAUAGAAAAAAUAAUACAUACCAAAGAGUAGUAAAAUAAUACGGAUAAGCAAUUACCUCUAAUUAUUAUUAUUGUUUCCACGAAUUGGACUUGUCAACAUUCAGAAAUAGCAUCAAAUAUCAAGAACGAACGAGCAUUUUGAUAUGGAUUAUAGAAUUAAAGAAUAAGAAUGGUCCAGGAAGAUGGUAUAAAUCACAUUUUUGUGGCAGAAAUUAUUUUUGCGUUAGGAUUAUUUGCUGGUUCAGGCAGUUUUGAUACUGAAAAUAGUAUUAAAUUGGCGAUUAAAAUUGGCCGAUGUGUUGUGUAUCUCUUGAUGAUAAAAGGUUUCCAUGAAGUAUUUUCCAUGGGAUAUAAUGUUAUAAAACAUAAACAAAAAUUUGAAUACAAUGAAUUCCUAGAAAAGAAUAAAAAAUACUCUAUGGUAUUUGUGGCAGCCGCUGGCUUAUUGGUUUAUCAGAAGGCAGAGACAUUAGACCUUAUAGAUUUUGUUGUUUUAUACAUUGCAUACUUUAUUACCAAGUACCCUGAAAUGGAGGUAAAGUCAAAGUCCAUAAAUUAUGGCAUCGGAAUGGCAUGUAGUUACUUUGAGGGCUAUUUAUCUCAUAUAAUACCAAGUGAUGGAGCAAGAUUUGUGGGUUUUGAAGAGAAUAUAAAUAUAUAUGAGGCCAGGCAAAAUGUGGUGUUCCCAGUUAAAAAAUUGUUUAUUAUUAUAAACAAGUCACUGUAUUGCCCUCCAGAUUUGAAGCAUUUCAAUAAGACUGAUAAAAGCUUACCAUAUCUGGAAGCAUGUCAGUCCCUAGAGGUGAUCGAGAAGGACGUGGCCGGCGUGAAGAACCGCGUGUACCGCAACAGCGCGUACAAGAUACACCGCGUCGGCGCGCCGCCCGCCUACCUCGCCGUCGAGUGCGCCACGCCGCUGCACACGCUGCACCGCGUGCUCGACAAGCGGACGCUCUGCGAAGAGCUCGGCACUGUGAAUGUAGAGGAAGUCGUCGACGACUUCUGUACGACGCUCAGAAAGCUUAUAGAUAAGAGUGCUGAGUGUCGCGGGAAGUGUGAGCUCGUGUACUUUGAUGAUAAAGAUCCGAACCAGAAUCUCGCAGACGUGCUGUUAGAAAAGAUACGUGAGUUGGAGCCACAGUUUGAAAGUAUGAUUAAAAGAGAGUAGACCUCGAUGGUCUGAGAAGGCAUGUUUUUUGUAAUUUUGUAAAACCUCUUUUUAUGAGUAAUUAUUUUUUUUUUU